UCCCGUCCGACUGCGACUUGGCGGAGCGGCGGCCGGGUGGGCAGRGUCAGGGCGCGCGCUUUCUUACCCGCAGCUUACAUGGCGGCUGCCGGCGGAGGUCCCGGACUCGGGGCGACCCCGGUUCUGGAGGCUGCAACUCUGCAGAAACUCGCGCUGCGGCGGAAGAAGGUGCUGAGCGCCGAGGAGAUGGAGCUGUAUGAGCUGGCGCAGGCGGCUGGCGCCGCCAUGGAUCCCGACGUGUUCAAGAUCCUGGUGGACCUGCUGAAUCUGAACGUGGCCCCUCUCGCCGUCUUCCAGAUGCUCAAGUCCAUGUGUGCCGGRCAGAGGCUGGCGAGCGAUCCCCAGGACCCUUUGGCUUUGUCUCUGCCCACGUCSGGCGUGUCGGAGACCCGAGAGGCCUCCUUUCUCUCUGCCAGGAACAGUAGCCCCCCUGCAAGGUCCUCAUUUUCCUCUGCCCUGCGGCCUACGGCCUCUCCGGUUCUGCUCCACGGCCCAGCUGCCACGCACUCGCCUCUCUCUCCAGGGCCCCCCGCUUCCCUCSGGUUCUCUUGCUGCUUGUUCUCUCCUUUUGCAGGGAGAAACAAAGGCGGCCCUACUCUCAGUGGAGCACCUACACUGGCAGAACGUGGAAGCCGGGAAGGWUCCAGCCAAAGGAUGCCCCGCCAACCCAGUGCCACAAGGCUGCCCAAGGGAGGCGGGCCUGGGAAGAGCACCUCUAGGAGCAGCACAUAGGAAGAGAACAGACUACAUUGCCAGCGUGCUAGAACCAUUGUUCUCCCAGCAAAGGCUAUGUGCCAUCUCCUUCCACUAAGUCUUUCUAAAAAGCUGAAAAUCAAAAUCAUUGUUCUCCCCACAAGAAAAUAUCAGAAAUAAGUUUAAAAUGAUGUAAAYAUUUAUACCUCCCACACAA